GCCGCCCUGAAGAGCCCGAGACGGGGAAGAGCGGGCCGGCCGGCCCUGGGGGAAGCGGAGACCUUUGGGGAAGGAGGCGGCGGCCCAGGGCCUGGCCGCCGCCCGGAACGAGGAGGAGGAGGGAGAGGAGGGGACCAUGUCCUCGAGGGCCCGCGACAAACUCUCUACCACCGACCGCGUCAUCAAAGGCUCACAAUAAAAGAAGUAUUUGAAGAUGGAAAACCUAGACUUGAUAUCUUGAAAAGCCAUUUGGUGAAGGAAGGUAGACUAGAAGAGGAUGCAGCCUUAAAGAUAAUCAAUGAUGGAGCUGCCAUUCUGAAAAAUGAAAAGACUAUGAUAGAAUUGGAGGCACCUAUCACAGUGUGUGGUGACAUUCAUGGGCAAUUCUUUGACUUGAUGAAAUUGUUUGAAGUUGGGGGAUCACCUGCUAACACACGCUACCUCUUCCUGGGAGACUAUGUGGACAGAGGUUACUUCAGUAUAGAGUGUGUGCUGUACUUAUGGAGUUUAAAGAUUCAUCAUCCCAGAACGUUAUUUCUGCUUCGAGGCAACCAUGAAUGCAGGCAUCUCACAGAAUACUUCACCUUUAGACAGGAAUGUCGAAUCAAAUAUUCAGAGCAGAUAUAUGAUGCAUGCAUGGAUACAUUCGAUUGUCUUCCUCUUGCUGCACUCUUAAACCAGCAGUUUCUGUGUGUACAUGGAGGAUUGUCUCCGGAAAUCAGUUCUCUAGAUGACAUUAGGAGAUUAGACAGGUUUAGGGAACCUCCAGCUUUUGGACCAAUGUGUGACCUGCUUUGGUCUGAUCCCUUGGAGGAGUAUGGCAGUGAGAAGACCAUGGAGCACUUUAGCCACAACACUGUCCGAGGGUGCUCCUUCUUUUACAGUUAUCCUGCAGUUUGUGACUUUUUGCAAAGCAAUAGUUUGUUAUCAAUAAUCAGAGCCCAUGAAGCUCAGGAUUCCGGGUAUCGAAUGUAUAGGAAGAGCCAGACAACAGGCUUUCCAUCACUCAUUACAAUUUUCUCUGCCCCAAAUUACCUAGAUGUCUAUAACAACAAAGCUGCUGUACUGAAAUAUGAAAACAAUAUCAUGAACAUCAGGCAGUUUAACUGCUCUCCACACCCCUACUGGCUUCCAAACUUUAUGGAUGUCUUCACGUGGUCUUUGCCUUUUGUCGGGGAGAAAGUCACAGAGAUGCUGGUUAACAUUCUCAACAUAUGCUCUGAUGAUGAGUUGAUUUCAGAUGGUGAUGAAGCAUUGGAAGUAGGUACAUCAGUUCGUAAGGAGAUCAUCAGAAAUAAAAUCAGGGCUAUUGGAAAGAUGGCACGAGUGUUUUCAAUUCUUCGAGAAGAGAGGGAAAGUGUGCUGACUCUCAAAGGGCUGACUCCUACAGGUACACUACCUCUGGGUGUCCUCUCAGGAGGAAAGCAGACCAUCCAGUUAGCCACAAUAGAAGCUGUAGAGGCACAGGAAGCCAUCCGAGGAUUUUCACCCCCACACAAGAUCCGAAGCUUUGAGGAAGCUCGGGGCCUGGACCGGAUUAAUGAGCGCAUGCCCCCCCGCAGAGAUAAGUCCUACCCUGAUGGGCCGGUGGCAGUGCCGAUGAGUUUGGUGUCGACCACAACCCGCUCGGUGAACAAGGGUGACGCAGCCAAGAAAAGCCAGUAAUGGCUCCGAGCAGCUGCUGUGCUACCACUAAUGGAUCCAGAACUCAAAAACAUAUUUUAUUUAUUUAUUAUUGGAAAACAAAAAACAAACUGAAACCUGGAGGCACAUUCAUGAUGCAGUCUGCAUUUAUUCUGUAAGAAAGGUGACCAUUUUGUACGUUUUUUUAAUUUAUGUUCAAUAUAAAAAGUCCCAUCUUUUUUUUUCUUUUCUUUGUAAACGUUUUUAGAAAUUGGUCUGAUUGAUGGUAUACACAUGAAGUAUUGUGCUGUAAAGGUGAUACCUGUCCACUACUCCUCCAUCCUUUGUAUAAGAGGGCCUUUGGAAACUACAACCCUGAGUUUCUGAUUUGAACCAGUCAGCUAGUCCUCUCAUUUUUGAAAGGGACAUCUUUCAUUUAAGCUCAACUACUUUUUGCCUAGGUGCAUCUAAUUCUUGGGAAGGUCUGAUAGAUUAUGGUAAGCUAAACCUGUUUCUCUGAUUGUGGAAAACUUGAUUGGGGUUUAACUUUAAAGUAGAUAACUCCAAUCCUAGGAAUAGCUUAAGGUCCAAAGGGUAUGUUUACCAUAAUGGCCUACUUUCUUCUGGACUCUUCCUUUUAAUGUAAUCCUGUGGAGCAAAAAUAAUCAUCAUCAUCAUAAUAAAGGAUACUGUUAGGAUUACUUAAACUUG